AUGGCAUCCUCCUCAGCUGAGGCCGCCGGUCAGAAGGCUGUCUCAACGAUCCGCUACAAAAUUGCGACAGCAUCAGCAGACGACGACAAGCUGAGUGACGUGUUGCAGAAUCAGCUCGUGCCGUUGCUUGAGAAAGCUGCCAGUCCGCACAAGAGCGUGCGCGAUGCUGCCUUUCAAGCGUAUAUCAGUGUCACUAAACUCAUACAGCCCCCGAGUGUUGUUUUACCCGUCGCCGCUUUGCUGGAACAGUACAAGAGGACUGCUUCCCCCGUGGUCAAGCAGCUUGAUCUCGGCCUGGUUAAAAAAGGCCUUCUCCGGCUGGAUCAGCAAAAGCGCCGCGAGCUUCUGCCUAUUGUAGCGCGGGGCAUCUCCAAAGAGACCAACCGUGCAAGUGCUUCUGGCUUUUUCAUCAUUUUGUUGAGACUCUUGCUAGAGAUCAAGGUACCACCCCGGGGGACUCGAGACGAUUCAUCUUUUCGCGACGCCAUCGGAUUCUCUGACCCUUCCGACGCCAAAUACAUCGCAGAAUGGCUAGCCCGGUUCCUACUCUUGAGGCAGGAUUUGGCUUUAGCCUCGGCUGCCAAUAUCGAGUCAACUAUGGCUUCUUCUCCCCCCACUGGACUCAGCUUGGACGACAUUGAGUUCCUGCGGAGUAGUGAUUUGAAAACCUGGAAACCAGGUGAACCCGGAAGUUUGGGAUUGCCAGAGUGCAAACUCAAGGCCGUGAGCCUUCUGGCCAGUGGUGCCUUCACAGACGAGGAACGGUUCCUGCCCACCAUUUUCGCGGCCGGUUCGGCAGACUCGAGAAUUAAUUCAAUUGCGGAUGACGUUUUAAAGCGGUCUUCCGUGAGCCUAGAGGAUCGUUCUGUUAUUGUGUCCUUGUUCCAGGCGCACCUGCGUCUUCCGGCUGCUCACAGGAUCCAGAUCCUACGGGUCCUAUCCAAGUCGGUGACCGCCUGUACGAUGCAUGCCGAGGUAGUGGAAGCAGUCCGCGCAGACUUUGCGCUGACUGCCGGCGAAGGCGCAGCCAUCACAGGUCUAGAGGCGUUGAGACUACACAAGGCUCUGCUUACUUUCCUUGCGUGGAUCGCGAGGAACGGCUCGAAUCAAUCCACCAAGGAUCACGAAAUGGGGCCGAGCCUUGUACUACUCCUGAAAGAUUACAUACUUAAGCAGGGCUGGCCAGCUCCGCUGCCAGCCGCGAACCAGUCACAAUAUCAAGAUGAGCAGAGAUUGCGGGCAAAUGCCUACGAGACCAUCGGCACUUUAGCUCGAGGCAGUCAUUUUGAGCACAAAGCCAAAGACUCGCUUUUGAAGUGGUUGUUUGACUCCUUGGUCUCUGAUCCGAGUGCAGAUAUCGUGGUUUAUAUCGAAAGUGCUCUAUCAAGCAUGAUGAGCCUCUUUGAACCGACGGACAGUGGCGAGCAUCGAGAUUUGGAGAUUCUUCUUCUUGAAUACAUGACUUACCCAGACGGCCAAGGGCUUCGAACAGCAAAACAUGUCGCUGCAAGGUUUGCCAACAACUGCCUCCCGUACAGCAACAUCAAGGCGCGAUGGAUCGAUAUUAUUGCUCUGGGAGGCAGCGGCCCCGAACGGCGCGAUGUAUCGGAAGAGGGCCAGAAAGGCUUGGACCCCUGGUGGGCCACCAAACUUCACCCAGACAAAGACCUGGUGCUGCCAGAUUGGGCCCAGUUGGCGGACAUGUUCUUCGAUACUGCUCCGAACCAGAUGCCUGACGACAUGGAUGUAGAUCAAACAUCGACCUAUACUCUGUUCACAAACGAGAGGCUGAAGUCUUUCCCCAUCGCCAUCAAGUAUGUGACACAGAUGAUUCGUCUAAAUGCCCUGAACGAAUCAAAGAUUGAGAUUGACUGGGAGAGCCAGCUGGCGACGCGCUUGCUGAAUGACAUCCCAACUCGUGCCCUCAUGAGACAAUACCUAUCUGGAGUCGACCAGGGCCAUUUGCUCAAGGUCGUCAAUGCAGCUCUCGAUGGCCUGCGCGACCAUCCUGACGUCGGCGCCGAGGUAUGCAUGCAAUCAGUGGCAGAUUUGUUGUCAUUUGCACCGUCCGAAACGAUUAUCGCCAAACUCUCCAGCAGAACAUCUGAAUUGUUGACAUGGGCUCAAUCUCAUAACCAAAAGAUACGACAUCUUGCCUCGACAGUAUUUGGUAUACUUGCACCUUGGGAUAGCCAAGGAUCCCAUCUAAUAUCCAAACUACGGACCUUCUUAGAUUCUUGCCCAAAACCAUCUGCCAUGCAGUCUGCUGAGUACCAAGGCUCUCUAGCAUUCCUCUGCAGCUAUUUCUCUCGAGCGGCAAUGUAUGGAAAGAUUGAAUAUUUCGAUGACUCUCAGCACAUGGAAUACUUGCUAUGCAUCCUCUUGCCCAUACUGAAGGGUUCAGAUCAAACAGCCAAGGACAAUGCUCUCCCCGCAUUCUCUCAACUUUGGACUGCAAACAUGGGCAUGACAGACUCAGAUGUGUUUGAAGAGUACGUGAGCGCGAUGGAGACACUCGCAAAGGCCCACAAUGAGAAGGCAAUUUCUGCAUUAGGUCGACUCGCCAUGCCCUCCGCGACUACGACCGAGGCCGUAGACAAGGUUCUUGAUGUCUUGUUUAGCCUUCAUGAGAUCAAGAGGACAGAGGUACAUUUUGCCACGGGCGAAGCAAUUGCAGCAGUGGUUGCACGUUGGGAUUCUGAGUCGGUCCAGUUAGGUCUUGACGUUGACCCCGCUGGGGCAGGAGUUGCAGGAUUGCAGAGCAGCAUGGGUAGAAGAACAGGUCGCAUCAUUUCAACCGUAGAGAAGCUGAUCACUGACUGCAAAACCACGAAGCCGUCUUUGUUGAAAGCGAGCGGUAUCUGGCUAUUUUGUCUUAUCCAGUACUGCUCGCAUGUACCCGAAGUACAGAGCCGUCUUCGAGAUUGCCAAGUUGCCUUCAUGCGACUUCUCAAUGGUCGAGACGAGCUUGUACAAGAGACUGCAUCCCGUGGUUUAUCGCUGGUGUACGAGAAGGGCGAUCCUUCACUCAGGGGUGAUCUAGUAAAGGACUUGAUCGCGGCCUUCACUGGCGCCAAAACUCAGCUCAAGGUUGAUGAUGACACUGAGCUAUUUGAUGCUGGUGCUUUGCCAACGGGCGACGGCAAGUCCGUCACAUCCUACAAGGAUAUUAUCAGUCUCGCGAACGAGGUUGGAGACCAGAGCCUAAUAUAUAAAUUCAUGGCUCUAGCCACGAAUGCUGCCACGUGGACGGCGCGCUCAGCCUUUGGUCGAUUUGGGUUGAGCAACAUUCUGUCCGAGGCCGAGCUUGACCCCAAAAUCUACCCCAAGCUAUAUCGAUACCGGUUCGAUCCUAAUUCGAACGUGAGGAGGUCAAUGGAUGAUAUCUGGAAGGCUGUGGUCAGGGAUCCAACAUCAACCAUUGAUGUAUACUUUGAUGCCAUCAUGACUGACCUGCUUAAAAGCAUCCUCGACGGGCGUGAAUGGCGCGUCAGAGAAGCAAGCUGCGCAGCUAUUGCGGAACUGAUUUAUGGGCAACCUUUUCUAAAAUACGAGAAGUACUACACCGAUAUCUGGAAGGUGGCGUUGAAAGUGCUUGACGAUCAAAAGAGUACGGUCAGAGCGGCAGCCCUGAAGCUAUGCAUGGGUUUGUCAAAAACGCUCGUCACCCAGCUGACAGAAAACAACUCGUCCGCUUCUGCCAAAGCAAUGAUAGCACAGGUCCUUCCUUUUCUACUAUCAGAAAAGGGCAUCGAAAACUCAGUUCAGGAAGUCAAGUACAUGGCCAUUACCACUGUUCUUGACGUCGUCAAGAACGGUGGAAACACUCUGAAGCCAUUCAUUCCCACAAUCAUCACGCACAGCCUUGGCCUUCUUGGUACGAUUGAGCCCGAGGCAAUCAACUACUACUACCAGCGGGUCGGGGAACAGGACCGGGAGGAACUGGACAAGAUGCGGAGCAACGCAGCAACUCGGUCUCCAAUGUUUGAGUGCAUCAGUAAUUGCUUGCGUUUCACCGACGAAGAGGUGAUGAAGGAGCUUGCGCCGCAACUGGCUCAGGCUAUCAAAUCCGCGAUCGGCAUGCAGACCAAAGUUGGAUGCAGUGAAGUCAUAGCUACUCUGGCGUUACGUCAUAGCAUAUUUCUUCCACCAUACAACGCAAACUUCCUCAAGAUCAUGGAAAGCCAGAUCCUCGAUCGAAAUCACGAGGUCAGCAAAGCCUAUGCUCGAAGCGCAGCCUAUCUGGUCCGAACGGCAUCUGCAGCGACACGGGAGCGAUUCGCCUCGAGGCUGGCUGAGUUAUACUUUGCCGCAGAGGACGACACCAGACGGCAAAAGAUUGCGGACAGUAUUUUAGCUAUUGCCAAAAUAUCGCCGGAUGCCUUUACGGAUUUGGAGUCUCGCUUGCUCCCAUUUGCCUACCUGGGCAAGCACGAUACGGACGAGUAUGUCUCCGAGGAAUUUGAGGCUGUUUGGAGUCAGCACGCAGGUAGUGACCACACGGUGAGACGUUUUAUUGAUGAGAUUGUUGGUGUCGUGUCCACAGCGCUUAGCACUUCUAAAUGGGCACUGCAACAUGGCGGUGCCCUGACUCUUGCCUCGAUGAUCAAGGCGCUUAGCCAUGUGAUUGGCAAGGAUGGCCAGCUCGAUGAGGGAGGAUUGCAGAGGAUAUGGCCCGUACUUGAUAAAGCUUUGGCAUUGAAGACGUUCAAAGGCAAGGAAACGCUGGUUGCAGCUUAUCCAAUCUUUAUCAGACACAGCAAGAAGCUCUGGGGCAGCGACGCAGCAUUUGCAGCACAGACGAAGAAAAUUGCCCUUCGCGAAGCAAAACGCAACAACGACGAGUACCGGCCUCAUGCAUUCGAGGCACUGGCAGAGUUUAUUGCCGCACGGCAAGAUGAAGACAUGUACGCCGAAGCUGUCGCGGUAGUUUCCGAGUAUUUGAAGCCCGAUUCACAAGCAGAUCACAGCCUGACUGAAAUCGAACGUAACACGACGGCGGCGGCACUCAAGGUUGCCAUGAUGAGUUACAGCCCAUCAAAGCUACAGACGAAUCCAGGAGCCGUUCUCGAAGAGGUCAUCUCGGUACUCGAAGGCGCAAAGAAAGCGCCAGCUAUCGCGAGAGACACUUUCUUUACCUGCUCGGCAGAGCUGCUCAAAGCCGCGUCCUCGUCUGGUGGUGCACCUUCAACCGGCACCAAUCAGAUCGGCCAUAGAUGGUUAGAGAUGCUGACAGUAGAAAGUGACGUGGCUCUGGUUGAAAGUCAACGCGCCGGCCGAGCGAAAGCGCUUCGUUCGUUUGGAGAGGCGCUCAGGAAGGGUAUCUUUGGGGAACCCAUGGAAUCCUUGACAGAAGAGGCUUAUAGUAUGAUUACUGCUUUAUUGGAAGCGGAUAGAUCGCUUGAUGUGCAGAAGCUACUUCAACAGGCUGCUGCCACUCUCAACAGAUGA